ACUCGAGGCAAAGUCACUUUUUGCUUGGUGCUCAUGCUGUCAUCAUCGUCAUCUCUUAUUUGGACUCCAGUCUGCCUGCUGCUGAUCUGCUCCUUGACUACGCAGCAGCAUGGCAAGGACACUCAGCGACUGGAUGAGUUCCGGCAGAGAUAUCUACUCCCGUGGCUCUCUGCCGGAACGCGAAAUUGUACGCUGAAUGCCUGCGAAUCGCUCAGAAUCAUCUCGCAGCUGCUGCUGCUGAUGAAGGCGCUUCCAAAUGGCACAAUCAGCCCCUCAGCAAUGGGAAAUGAUGCAGGAGUGCCUUUGUCUUCUGCUCCGCGCAGAUCUGCUGCCAGCCGGGAUUCAUCUAAUGGCGCCGCUGUCGGCUCCUCCAUGUUUAAUUUUCAGGAUUUCGAUAAGCGAGUGCGUCAAAUCGAGAGCAGAUUGCGCUCCGUGGAGCAGCCCAUCUGGCACUUGGCCAGUGGCAGUGAGCUGGAGUGGAACCAUUGCACGUCGGGCGUGUGUCGUUGUAAUCCGGAUACGAAGAGUUUCACCUGCUGGAACACCAAUCUGAAGACGGUGCCCGUCACUCAGGUGAUACCCAUGAAUAUGGUUGCCAUUGACUUGUCCCGCAAUGCGCUCUCCACUCUGCACAAGGACACCUUUCGUGGCCUGACUCUGCUUAAGGAACUGGACAUAUCCAACAAUGUGCUCGACUUUCUGCCCUUUGAUCUGUUCCAGGAUCUGGACAGUCUGCUCCAAUUACGCAUUCAGAACAAUCAGUUGGAGGAUGUUGAUCCGCGCACCUUCUGGAAACUGCGCAAUCUGAAUCUGCUCGAUCUGAGCAAGAAUGAGAUCGCCCAGCUGCCCGAGUCUGUGUUCUAUCAUGCCCAACGACUCACCGUGAUCAAUUUGUGCGACAAUCAAAUCGAGAACUUUCCGCCCAAUCUGCUGCGAGAUCAGCUGAUGCUCGAGGAGCUGGACAUGUCCCGCAACCAGAUCGAGCAGCUCGUCUCGGGCAGCAUGCGCUAUCAGACCAAGCUGAAGGCACUCGACUUUGGCCUCAAUCAAAUUGCCAAAAUAGAGGACGACUUCUUUGAGGGACUGAAGAGUUUGCGCACUUUGAUGUUGCACAACAAUCGCAUUACUUCCAUUUCGGGCACCAUUUUCAACAACCUGGUUAAUCUGGUGACACUCGACCUGACCAUGAAUCGCAUCAGUCAUAUCAAUGGCCAGGCAUUUGCGGAGCUGAAGAACCUGAAUGAGCUGCUGCUGGGCCAGAAUGCCAUGUCCAGCAUACCAGCCGAUCUCUUCCUGCACGCGAGUGCCCUCACUCGCCUCACGCUCUUCUCGAACAACCUGACAACGCUGGAGGAGAAUGACUUUGAGGGUCUGAGCAGCUUGAAGAUUCUCAUGCUGAACAACAAUAUAUUGAAGUACUUCGAUGCCAGGGCCUUUCAGCCGCUCACCCAACUCGAGAAACUUCGCAUCGAUUCGAACAAGCUGAUGUUUCUGCCACACGGCGCGUUGCAUGGCUUGGACAAGUUGGUUGCAGUUAAGCUGGACAAGAAUCCGUGGCAUUGCGACUGUCGUGCUCUGUAUCUCGCCCGUUGGAUACGAGAGUUCGUGGUGAAGCUGUGGGAUGGACAGCAGCCGAUGUGUCGUGGACCCGGUGAUCUGGGUGGCCACGAGGUGGGCCUGCUGCGCUACGACGAUCUCUGCGAUGGGCAGUGGGCGAGCAUGUUGUCCCUGUCGCCGCGUCUUCCGGUGCGCAAACAUCGCAUUUCCACACCGAUGAACUAUACCGACUAUUUCAAUUUGUACUUGAAGCACAUCUACAACUCAACCACAGAUGAGCAGCUCAAGGAAGCGGAGAUAACCAGCGUGGCCAUCAAGAAGGUUCAACUCGACUGAGAUCACCACUCAAUUGGAAAGUGAGUAAGCCAAACUGGCAGACAAACCACCCUAAGACAACUCUGUUCCAUUUAUAAGUGAUUCAUUUGAAAGUGAAUGCAAAAUAGAAACGAAGCGAAAUAUCGAGGAUUAUUCACA